AUGACCUCCAUCGGCCGCAUCGCGUGUAUCCUCUUCCCAUACGCCGCUACGGUCGGUGCAUUGGUAUCGCUCAUUUUUGUCGGCAUCGGCUGCACGAAUUCCAAGUCCACCACCCAGAAUGAUCUAUACUUCUUCAGAGCCGACCUGAGCAACCUCACCAGCGCAGGAGGCAGCUCCCUCGCGGACCAAGCCGCCAGCGCCCUCGGCGAUCUGACCAACCUCGGCAGCAGCUCUCUCGAGGCCGCCCUCGUCCAGGCACUCGCCGCCAACACCAUCCGCGACUUCUACGACAUCGGUCUCUGGGGUUACUGCGCGGGCGACAAGACUAGCGCCGGCGAGUACAAAGUCGACUACUGCACCAAGCCCGUGGCCGAGUUUUCGUUCGAUCCCGUCGCUGUUUGGGGCCUGAACAGUACCAGCGCCGCCAGCUCUGGGGACAAUAUCCUGCCAAGCAACCUCCAAAAGGCGCUGAACACGUACAAGACCGUCUCGAAAUGGAUGUUCAUCGCUUACAUCGUCGCCUUCGGCGCUACUGCUCUGGGUCUGAUUGUCGGUCUAUUCGCGAUCUGCAGUCGCCUCGGUAGUCUCGUGACAAGUCUCAUCUCCGGCGUCGCAUUCUUCUUCACGCUCGCCGCCUCAGCCACCGCUACCGGCAUGUUCGCCGUCUUUCUGGGCACAUUCAACUCCGCCCUCAAGCAAUACGGAAUGCACGGCUCCAUGGGCAAAAACAUCUACGUCGCGACAUGGGUUGCGACUGCGUUUGCGCUCGGCGGCACAUUUUUCUGGCUGUUGAGCUCUUGCUGCUGUGCCGCCCGGUCGCCUUAUCACGGUGGACGGGCAAGUCGUGGCCGCGUUAUGGCUGAAAAGGCGCCGUAUACCUAUGAGAGGGUUGGCAGUCCGUACGCCGGUAAUGCCGGGCCCACUGGUCCUGCUGCUCCUUAUUCGCAGCAACAUAAUGUGCCUAUGCAGACAUUCCGACAGGAGGCAUAUGAGCCCUUCCGCCAUGUAUAG